CACAUUUUCUGACAUAUGUGAUGGACAUAUGUACAAGGACUUAUGUAAAAAAUUCUCAGUUCUCGGAAAUCCCAAUAACAUUUCUUUUACCUUUAACACAGAUGGGUGCCCAGUCUUUAAAAGUAAAAAUUGCUCUAUCUGGCCACUUCAACUUAUUAUAAAUGAACUCCCGGUCUUUGAGAGGUUUAGGAAUGUCAUCCUUUCUAGUGUGUGGUUCGGAAAGAAUCACCCUCCAAUGGAGCUGUACAUGAAAAGCUUUGUGCAACAGUGUAAGGUUCUGUGUGAUCAGGGGUUUGUAUGGAAGCGCAACGGCACUGAGGUGCUAAGUAAGGCUUUCGCAGUAUGCUGCAGUGUGGAUUCGGUGGCCCGUCCUUUGUUACAAAAUAUGAUGCAAUUCAAUUCUUAUUUUGGUUGCGGUUGGUGCCUGCACCCUGGAUCUCUCGUUAACAGGUCAAUUCGCUAUACGGUCUCUGCAGAGGUAGCUGAUGACAGACAAUCGAAAAGUGCAAUCCGUGACAUGCGUGAAGCUGCAUCACAUGGUGUUAUUUGCAGAGGGUUUAAGGGUCCGUCUGCAUUGCUCAACUUGCCAUUUUUUAACGUUAUUGAAUCCUUUGUUCCAGACUACAUGCAUGCCGUCCUCCUCGGCGUGUCUCGUACACUUUUGAGCUUGUGGUUCGACAGCAACACCGGAGGGGGGUUUUAUCUUGGAGAUCCGGCAACCGUGAGGCUAGUAGAUCGCAGAAUGAAGGCCAUCAAGCCUCCUUCUAAGCUCGGCAGGUUUCCCCGGGGGGUCAGUGAACGAAAGCUUUGGAAGGCACAAGAGUACCGGUCGUGGCUUCUGUAUUAUUCAAUGCCGGUCCUCUAUGGCAUUUUGCCAGAACCCUUCCUUGGGCACCUCGCUCUUCUUGUACACUCCAUUUUUUGCCUAAUUCAGGACACACUUACAGGGGACGACAUCAACAUGGCCCAAAUUUUGUUAACGGAAUUUGUGAUCAAAUACAAUAUGCUAUAUGGGGACAUCAACAUGGUUUUCAACGUCCACUUACUCCAGCACUUGGCAAAGGAUGUUUUUCGUUGGGGGCCUUUGUGGACCCAUUCGGCCUUCUGCUUUGAGUCGUACAAUGGCGUUUUGGUUAAAUCUAUCAAAGGCAACCGUGGAGUAGCUAUGCAGGUGUUACACAAAGCUAUACUUAAACAGUCUGUAAAUUUUUAUGUCUUAACUAAAGGAACGGAUGUAAUGAAGAGAUCCCUUGCAUUUUUCAAGGAUGAGAAAAGGUGCCACUCGGGGGACACAGUCUCUGGCGUAACUCUUUUGGGCCAAGCACAGCCGUCCAAGUUCAGUAAUGCCGAAAAACGAUGCAUUAUCACUGCCCUUGGUACAGUUCCUUCAUGUCUUUCAGUCUUCUUAAGAUUCAUCGCUGGAGGAGUUGUGUACCAUUCAGCUCAAUACUCACGUCCUCAAAGAAGCGAUGACACUGUUGUAGUUCUUCAAGGCGAAAAGUUCGGCAUUAUUCGUUCGAUUUUUUCUUACAGGCUUAACAGUGCACAGGAAGUCGGUUUAAUUGUGGAGGUACUCGAAGUUGAGGAUGCAGCAUUUUGUGGUGCUCCCCAUAUUGCAGUUGGGGAGUUUUCUUCCCUCGAAAUGGUCGCUGUUUCAGCACUUUUGAGGAAGGCAGUGCGAGUGGAUGUCGAGAACUCUUCGUUUGUUUGUAAGGUUCCCAAUCUUCUGGAAAUUAACUGAUGCAGGCUGGGCUGCAGUCUUAAUAGGUUACCAGUUUUAUUUUUAAUUUGUCUGCUUGUUCAGGGUGCCUUCUGAAUUGCUUCUUUCAAAUUCUCUGACUUUUCCAAGUUUUCGCUGACUACGGUAGAAUACCGUGCAUCCGCCCACACCACACUAAGCGCCCAUUCCCAAAUUUGUAGGAUCUGAGAAAAUACGGAGAGUACAUUUAUAUGUAAAACUGAUGAGCGGAGAGGGGCCCAUCCGCUUUUUUUGCAAUUAUCUCCAAAGUUUGAGUGGGCACUUGCUUGGUAUUUUACAUUAUGUUCAGUGCGGGUAUGCCGAUGCACCGUGGUGCUUCGUUGCAUGCCACCAUGCCACUUAAACUGGCUGUUUUUCCCGACUUCAGCUAGCUGCUUGGUGGUUUU